AUGAAACACCGUGUGACCUUGACAUGGCCAGUGUUAGAGGUUACACCACAGCCGGAAAUGAGCACGUUUAUCCUCAGGAACAUCCUUCCUUCACGACUCUCUACUCUCUCAGAACAUCCUUCCUUCACGACUCUCUACUCUACCAGAACAUCCUUCCUUCACUACUCUCUACUCUCUCAGAACAUCCUUCCUUCACGACUCUCUACUCUCUCAGAACAUCCUUCCUUCACGACUCUCUACUCUACCAGAACAUCCUUCCUUCAUGACUCUCUACUCUCUCAGAACAUCCUUCCUUCACGUCUCGCUACUCUCCAAGAACCAUCCCACUUCACGUCUCGCUACUCAAUCAGAGCAUCUUUCCUUCACGACUCUCUACUUUCCAAGAGCCAUCCCUCCUCACAAGUCUAUACUCUCCCAGAACACCCUUCCUUCACGACUCUCUACUCUCCCAGAACAUCCCUCUUCACGACUCUCUACUCUCCCAGGAUCAUCACUCUUCACGGCUCUCUACUCUCUCAGAACAUCCCUCUUCACGACUCUCUACUCUCCCAGAAUAUUCCUCUUCACGACUCUCUACUAUCCCGGAACCAUCCCUCUUCACGACUCUCUACUCUCCCAGAACCAUCACUCUUCACGACUCUCUACUCUCCCAGAACCAUCACUCUUCACGACUCUCUACUCUCCCAGAACCACCACUCUUCACGACUCUCUACUCUACCAGAACCAUCACUCUUCACGACUCUCUACUCUCCCAGAACCAUCACUCUUCACGACUUUCUACUCUCCCAGAACAUCCUUCCUUCACGACUCUCUACUCUCCCAGAACCACCACUCUUCACGACUCUCUACUCUCCCAGAACCAUCACUCUUCACGACUCUCUACUCUACCAGAACCAUCACUCUUCACGACUCUCUACUCUACCAGAACCAUCACUCUUCACGACUCUCUACUCUCCCAGAACCAUCACUCUUCACGACUUUCUACUCUACCAGAACAUCCUUCCUUCACGACUCUCUACUCUCCCAGAACCACCACUCUUCACGACUCUCUACUCUCCCAGAACCAUCACUCUUCACGACUCUCUACUCUACCAGAACCAUCACUCUUCACGACUCUCUACUCUCCCAGAACCAUCACUCUUCACGACUCUCUACUCUACCAGAACAUCCUUCCUUCACGACUCUCUACUCUCCAAGAACAAUCCCUCCUCACGACUCUCUACUCUCCCAGAACCAUCCCUCCUCACAAGUCUAUACUCUCCCAGAACACCCUUCCUUCACGACUCUCUACUCUAUCAGAGCAUCCUUCCUUCACGUCUCGCUACUCUAUCAGAGCAUCCUUCCUUCACGACUCUCUACUCUCCCAGAACCAUCCCUCCUCACGACUCUCUACUCUCCCAGAGCCAUCCCUCCUCACGACUCUCUACUCUCCCAGAACCAUCACUCUUCACGGCUCUCUACUCUCUCAGAACAUCCCUCUUCACGACUCUCUACUCUCCGAGAACCAUCACUCUUCACGGCUCUCUACUCUCUCAGAACAUCCCUCUUCACGACUCUCUACUCUCCCAGAACAUCCCUCUUCACGACUCUCUACACUCCCAGAACAUCCCACUUCACGACUCUCUACUCUCCCGGAACCAUCCCUCUUCACGACUCUCUACUCUCCCAGAACCAUCACUCUUUACGACUUUCUACUCUCCCAGAACCAUCACUCUUCACGACUCUCUACUCUCCCAGAACCAUUUCUCUUCACGGCUCUCUACUCUCCCCGAAUCAUCACUCUUCACGACUCUCUACUCUACCAGAACAUCCUUCCUUCACGACUCUCUACUCUCCCAGAACCACCCCUCCUCACAACUCUAUACUCUACCAGAACCAUCCUUCUUCACGACUCUCUACUUUCCAAGAGCCAUCCCUCCUCACAAGUCUAUUCUCUCCCAGAACAUCCCUCUUCACGACUCUCUACUCUCCCAUAACCAUCUCUCUUCACGACUCUCUACUCUCCCCGAUUCAUCACUCUUCACGACUCUAUACUCUCCAAGAACAUCCCUCCUCACGACUCUCUACUCUACCAGAACAUCCUUUCUUCACGACUCUCUAAUCUCCCAGAACCAACUCUCCUCACAUCCCUAUAGUCUCCCAGAACCAUCACUCUUCACGACUCUCUACUCUCCCAGAACAUCCUUCCUUCACGUCUCUCUACUCUCACAGAACAUCCUUCCUCCACGACUCUCUACUCUCCCAGAACCAUCCCUCCUCACGACUCUAUACUCUCUCAGACCAUCCUUCCUUCACGACUCUCUACUCUCCCAGAACAUCCUUCCUUCACGACUCUCUACUCUCACAGAACCAUCCCUCCUCACGACUCUCUACUCUCCCAGAACCAUCCCUCCUCACGACUCUCUUCUCUCAUAG